GGCACCAUCUUACUGCAGAAUGGGUCUCUUCCGUAAAGUGUUUAUGGCGGCUGCUGGAAUUCAUGAGGAGCCCAAGAAAGGAUCGCCUGAAUGGAAAAGGGAAAAUCUUUCUGCGGAUCAACUGCUGCGAACUGCGGAUAAUGAGAACCGUUUCAGCGGGAUACCAGCAAUUCCGAGCGAUAUCGGCUAUAGCAGCGGCAAAGAGACUGGUGGCCUCAAAAAGACUGGAGUUAUCUCGCAAGCAACCAGCAAUCCUGGCGUUAUUUUGGGCAUGGCACUCACCACUUUGGCCCUUUUGGGAAUGUUCAGAUCUUCAUUUGUUGGUGACAAGAUGAAAACUCAGAAAUAUAUGCAGUACCGAAUCAUUGCACAGUUCUUUACUGUGACUGCACUCGUUGCUGGAGUAACGCUCUUUGGAGUCAACUAUGAAGAUGAGGAACACAAGAAACACAAGGAAGGAGUAGUGAGGCAGAGUCCUGAACCCCCAAAUGAAGUCAGACAUUGAUCAUAAAUAGUCUUCUUAGAAUAAUCAAUUUUGAAAUAGCUUGGAUCAAGCUCACCAAGCUCUUGGAUUGCUCUAGAAUUUUUAUCUUGACACUACUCGGAAAUUCUUUCGGUCACUCCAUUGAUACCUCUUUUGGGUUUUGCGAUGAUCGUUAACCUCGGUUUUGUCUGCCUUUUUAGUUGUAGUAGAAAAAAGUCAGCUUGUACGUGUAGUUAUGUGAUUUGCUAGCAUAUAACAUUGCAUAUUCCUGUAGAGCCGCAAGUGUCCUGAUCGACUUUGUUGUUGGUACUGAUGAGGUUUUUGACGGUCUGUCUAGCAUUUGUAUUUUACAAUUCGGUUUAUAAAAUUUUU